AUGCGAUGCUCAUUGGCAGAUGUCAACUUGACAGAAUCAUUGCUGUCGCAGAACGCCACGCCACCGCCGCUCCCAAUCGCCACACAGGACUCGUCCGAUGCAUCGCUGUCCCAGAAACUGGAUCAGGUCCUCGACAAGGUCGACUUGCUGCUCGGAGUUCGAAAAGCCGUCGACAUGGUGGAGUCGGAAAUAGACUCGGGCCAAGACACUCCUGGUUUGCUGGACAAGCUAUAUUUCGACGUGACACCCUAUAGAGAUGUCCGUCGUGCGGCCAGUUUGUGCCAGAUGCCGUUCAGCAAGGAGCUCGCCCACGGAAUAUGGACUCCUCCGCCCGUCAGAUCGCCCGAGGAAGAUAUCGUUGGCUCUGGCUUGAUCCCGGAACCUCUGGCCAACCAGCUGGUUUCCAUCUGUGUGGAGUACUACGGCCACUGGAUCGCAAUGUACGAACUUCCUCCUGGAUUCGUCAACGACCUGAGAGUCAAGUGUCCGAUGUUGCUCGCGGUUAUGUGUCUUUUGGGCCUGAGGUAUUAUAAGGGCCCACUUUUGAAGAAUGGCAACCAUCUGGCGCGGUCGUUGUUGCAAAUCAUGCAACGACUGUUAUCAGCAUCGAUUCUAGUUGUGCCGCAGAUCAAGUACCAGAUCCAAUCGUUGUUGUUGAUCUCGCUGUUUGCUGUUUCUCUGUCACACCAAUCAUUUUACUUUGACGGCUGGUUUUUAUCAGGAUACGGACUUCUGCACUACAUCACCCGCGAAAUGGACCUCAACCUCCUCUCCGAUAGACUCAGGCUCCACCCGGACAGAAACGAGAGUUUUCGGUUGUGGAACCAGAUGGUCUUGGGCCAUCUGGUCUACUGCAUUUUGUCAGGAAGACCGUGUCUGAUCGAUACGCUACGUUUGGACCAGUGCCGCAAUAUUUUGGAAAUCCCGUCUGCUUCGAGCUUCGACGGCCGUGUCGUGGCCCAAUUGUCGAUCCUACUUACGCUAUACAACUCGCUCCAGUUCAAAGAACCGCUCGACGUGUCGCUCAAAGACCUCAAGUCGUCGUUCAACGACUGGAAACACCUGCUGGAACAACACUCGGUCGGCCGACCAAUCUCGAUCACAUACCGGUUUGCCAAGGUGAUGCUGUAUCGACGCGACUUCCUCACCACUGGCGACCCCAAGUCUGCAGCCGAGCUUGACGGUGAGUGCGAAAAACUGCUCGGACUCAUCAAAGACUCCGACCCAAUCUUGCUACUCAAAAGUAGCGACCACAUCAAGUUCGUCACCAUGUUUGCCGCGCUGACGCUGAUCCAGCACGGCAAAGCUGCCACCGCACGGCCUGCAGUCGACCUGUUUGCCGCCUGGGAAAAGACAACCGUCUACUACAACGACUUUGCCGGGGUCUAUCGACGCUUACUCGAAACCUUGUCAAGCACCACGUCUGCACAGCCUUGA